CUGAAAUCAUAAGUGCACUGUCAGCCAACACACUGACAGCCAGCUCCUCUCCCAAUCAUGUGAGCUUUAGGGGAUUCUCAUUUUGCCUUGUUAUCCAGUAUACCUGCACAAAAACAAAACAAACAAAGACGGGCAUGUCCAGACAUGUGAGGUCAAUUCAGUAUAGAGUUGGUGACUUGCAGAGUGCACAUCUCCAAUUUGCAGCAUGCAAAAAUGAAAAGAAGAUUUUCAGUGAGACAAGUUCUGGAUCAUAUUUUUGGUGAAAAUGAGGGAGAGGACAUAGAGCAGCAUAGCGAUACGGAUGAGCAGGUUUCUGAGGAGGAAGACAAUGUGGAGUAUCAUCCAGAAGACACAGACACAUCUGAUGAGUCUGAUGAGGAGGUCACCGGUGGUCAAGCUGCUCCCGCUGAAAGAUUCAAGUCCAAAAAUGGUACGAUCUGUUGGAGCUCAGUACCUCAUGAUGUACAUGGCAGGGCAGCUGCUGCAAAUGUCAUCAAAAUGACCCCUGGAAUCACAAGGUUUGCUGUGACGAGAGUCAGUGAGUCACAUAUGACAUGUUUUGAGCUAUUUAUGCCAUUGUCACUAAAAAGAGUCAUCAUUGCUAUGACAAACCUUGAAGGAAAAAAAGUCCAUGGCGACAUGUGGAAAGACAUUGAUGAGGAAUACCUGGAUGCUUAUAUUGGUGUUCUUCUUAUUGCUGGAGUGUACAGAUCCUGCAAUGAGGCCACUGAUAGUCUCUGGGACGCAUCGACAGGCAGAAAUAUUUUCCGGGCAACAAUGUCACUUCAGACCUUUCAAAUGAUAUCAAGAGUCCUCAGAUUUGACAACAGAGACACCAGAGCAAGAUCUGACAAGCUUGCCCCCAUCAGGGAUGUCUGGGACAGAUGGGUGCAGCUCCUUCCACUGAUGUUCAACCCAGGUCCAGAGGUGACAGUGGAUGACCGUCUUGUCCCUUUCCGAGGAAAAUGCCCCUUCCGGCAAUACAUACCCAGUAAGCCAGGGAAGUACGGCAUAAAAAUCUGGGCAGCCUGUGAUGCAAAAACCAGCUAUGCCUGGAAUCUACAGAUUUACACAGGCAAAGCUGCGAGUGGCAUCCCUGAGAAAAACCAAGGAAAACGUGUGGUCCUCGAUAUGACUACUGGACUGCAGGGUCACAAUAUCACUUGUGACAAUUUCUUUACCAGCUAUGACCUUGGACAAGAACCUCUCAGGAAGAAACUUACCAUGGUGGGCACAGUGAAGAAAAAUAAACCUGAGCUGCCUGCUGAAAUCUUGCAGGUGAAGGACAGAGCUCCACUUUCCUCAAAGUUUGCUUUUACAGACACCACCACUGUUGUCUCAUAUUGUCCAAAUAAAACCCGGAAUGUGAUACUUAUGUCUACUCUUCACAAAGAUGCAGCUGUGUCAUCAGGAAGUGACAAAAAGCCCACAAUUAUCCUCGACUAUAACAAAAACAAAGGAGGAGUGGACAACCUGGACAAGCUGACUGCCACCUACACUUGCCAGCGAAUGACCAGGAGAUGGCCAAUGGUUGUGUUUUACAACAUCCUUGAUGUGUCUGCAUAUAAUGCAUUUGUGUUGUGGACCCACAUCCACCAAGGGUGGAACUCAACCAAAAAAAGCAAGCGGAGAAUGUUUCUUGAGGAGCUGGGAAAUUCCCUUGUCAAGCCACACAUUGAGCGAAGGGAACGGGUGCCCCGAGACCCAGACGCUGCAGCCUUGGUCAGACAGCUGCAGAGCUCACCUAGCACUCCGUCCACGCCAUCAGCAACACAAAGAGCAUCCGCGCCAGCAUCCUCCUCAGCCAGCCCUGCCUCAACACCAACCAGAACAGCCACAGCCACAACCCCACUCAGGCCACCUGAUUCUAAAAGAAAGAGGUGUCAGGUCUGCCCAAGCAGUAAGGACAGAAAGACAAACGUAUUGUGCUUCAACUGCAAGAAAUAUCUCUGCAAAGAACACACUAAAAGUGUCACUUUUUGCCACACAUGCAUCUAAACACACACACAUACACAUGCAAGUUCUUGCACACAGAGACUUUUACUCUGAUUUAGUUUUUUAUUAGUUUUGGAACUAGUAAUUGAUUUCUAUUGGUUUGAUUUGCUUGAUUGGUUGUUGUUUGUUUGACCUUGCAAAUCUAUAUUUUGUGUUAUGACUUGUUCUGCUUUUCAUUUUGUGUUUGACAAACGGGAUUUCCACAGGUGGAAA